CGCUAUGAAAACGCAAAGAGGAGCAUAUGUUGGUGAUAGAAACUCCCUGGUGCAACAGCUUUCACUCUGUCGGUGGUGGCAACAGGGGGGAGGUGUGAAGAAGACCCGGAUCCCUCAUGAUGUGGCUGACUCUUCUUUAUAGUUGCACCGGGGGAGCAGCUGUGCUGUAUGCUCUGUACCGGUGGGUGAUCCCCUCCAUUGUGCAGUAUCAUGCAGGACUGACGCUGAUAUGGUAUGAGACCAUUGUUCAGCGGAUGCUGAACACACUGACCCAGUCAACGCAGCCUCAGCGGAUUCUGGGUGCAGUACAGAAGAAUGCCACUAGAGGAGACCCUCGCAGUGUGGUCAAAGCCAUCGACCAGUACUGCAGAAACAAGGAAUGGGCCAUGAAUGUGGGGGAUGAGAAAGGGUGCAUUCUGGACUCAGUGGUCUCUGAGGUGAACCCCUCCACUGUCCUGGAGCUGGGAACCUACUGUGGCUACUCCACGGUGCGCAUCGCCAGCCUGCUGCCCCCUAAUGCCAAGCUCUUCACUCUUGAAUUCAACCCCCAUAAUGCUGUGAUUGCUCGCCAAGUCAUUGCUUGGGCAGGAGUGGAGGACAAGGUGCAACUAAUUGAGGGGGCAUCAGGGGAUUGGAUCCCCAAAAUGAAGGAGCAUUAUGGUGUGAAAACCUUUGACUUGGUUUUCCUUGACCACUGGAAGGAUCGCUACCUUCCUGACACAAAGCUGCUGGAGGAGUGCGGCCUCCUCAGGAAAGGCAGCGUCCUGCUGGCAGACAACGUCAUCUUCCCUGGAGCUCCCGAGUACCUGGAAUACAUCCGAGGCAACCAGCGCUAUGAAAGCUGCUUCUUCAAAUCCCACCUGGAGUACACCAAAGCACUGGACGGCUUGGAGAAGUCCGUCUUCUUAGGGUAGUUUAACAGUCGCUGUCUCUUGUGACACUGGUACUGCUCAUAGUGGUGAAGCAUUGUGUUAUCGCUUGAUAGCUGAUGCCAGAUUGCUUGAUGUCAGAGGCUAAUGUGUAUUGGCUAAACCUGUUUUUUUUUUUUUUUUUUUUUUUUUUUUUAGUGUUACAUGAACCUGAAAUUAAAAAUAACAUAAUAGG